UUUCAUCAUCUUCUUCGUACUUCCAUUGCUUUAAGCCAUAAAUUAAAAAAUAAUUCAAAAAAUAUCAACAAAUAAGGGUUUCCCUUUAAGGAAUUUUGUUUUAUUAUUUAAUUCCAACUGAGUGGUUUUUGUGGGUAGUGGGCAAUGGAAGGAGCAAGCAAUGGCGGUAUGUUGUACCACGAGGUACAAGAGUCGAAGCUGUGUGCCGUCCAUUGCGUCAACACGGUGUUACAAGGACCUUUCUUCUCUGAAAUCGAUUUAGCGGCUUUAGCCUCCGAUCUCGACUCCAAAGAGCGCCAGAUGAUGCUUCAAGGAACCACCACCGCCGCCGCCGGUGAUUUCCUCUCUGAGGAAUCCCACAAUGUCUCUCUCGGUGGCGAUUUUAGCAUCCAGGUUUUGGAAAAAGCUUUGGAAGUCUGGGAUUUGCAAGUUAUUCCCCUUGAUUGCCCCGUUGCGGAGCCUGCUCAAAUUGAUCCUGAGCUGGAAAAUGCAUUCAUUUGUCAUCUCCACGAUCAUUGGUUUUGCAUCCGGAAAGUCAAUGGAGAAUGGUAUAAUUUUGACAGUCUUUAUGCAGCCCCGCAACACUUCUCGAAGUUUUAUCUCUCGGCCUAUCUGGACUCCUUGAAAGGAUCUGGCUGGAGCAUUUUCCUGGUGAGGGGAAACUUUCCGAAAGAAUGCCCCAUUUCUUCCUCUGAAGCCUCAAAUGGUUACGGGCAGUGGCUAUCCCCUGAGGACGCUGAAAGGAUAACUAAAUCAUGCAACUUAACACAAGCUCCUCCUCAAAGAAACAAUAUGUCUCAACAACAACAUACCGAGCGGUUGCCUUCAUUGGCCGAGACUGACCUGCAAAUGCUUUCAGAUAUGGAAGAUGAAGACUUGAGGGCUGCAAUCGCCGCUAGUUUGAUGGAUUCUUCUCCAGCCACGGCCAGCGGUGAGUCCAGCAUCCCUAAAACUGAAAUCGCCGCUAGUUUGAUGGAUUCUUCUCCAGCCACGGCCAGUGGUGAGUCCAGCAUCCCUAAAACUGAAAAUAAAGAUAUAUCUGAAAAAACAGCAUAAGAAGAAAUUAUAUAUAUUAUGCUGUGCAAGUGACAAAAAUCCAUGUCAGAUUUUCGAUGUUUUGAACCGACAUUUUUGGCUCGAGGUUGUUGCAUUGUCGCAGUAUAUACAUUCAUUACACGGUUUUCUAGUCAAAAUUUAACACUGUAGGAAGGUACUUUUGUUUAGAUAUGUCGUAAUUUUGCUGAUAUAUAGUUUUUAGACCA